AUGCCUAUCAAUCCUUCCAUGCUCAAGAAAGAAAACUAUCAUAGAGAAACAUAUCGAAAUAUCUUUGAUAUGUUCGACAGUGAUAUGGAUGGUUUAUUGGAUGAGCACGAUUUAAUGUUAGUUUUUACCAAGUUGGGAAGAACAACAGAAACAAACGGAAAGGAAAUAUCUGAUCUCAUCAAUGACCUUAAUUCAUCCUCUGAUAAAAACGGAAUAACCUUUGAUCAAUUUGUAGAAUUAAUUGGAGAAAGUGAAGAUGAGAGUAAGGGCAACAAACUUUUAUCAUUCCUUACAAGUAAAAAGUCUAAAAAGGUUGCCGGAAUGCAUACCGAGAAUGACUUGAAGGAAGCCUUUAAUUUGUUUGAUGAAAACAAAGAUGGAGAAAUUACAAAACAAGAAUUUAGAUCAAUGAUUUAUAAACUUCAAGGAUUGGGAAAUAUUUCCGAGUCUGCACCAGGUAAUGUUUCGAUGAGCGAUGCAGAGAUUGAUUAUUUAUUCUCAAUUGUUGAUACAGCAAAUAAGGGAGCAUUGAAUUUUGAACAAUUUGUAUCACUCUUCACCAAGUCAAUGAUCUAA